CAACACAGAACACCUUCACCCAGCUGCUCUUUUAGCUGUGGUCCCACAAGUAUCCUGUCCUCAAGCUAAACGGGAAACAAUCGACCCAAAAACAUCUACACCGGCCUCCUGGCUGUGCCUGUGGCCCCAGCCCCGUGUGGGACCCCGUCUACAGCCCCACCAGACUACAGAGGCUCAGAGAGAGAUUUUAAGUUUCGUCGGUAGUCAGCCCAACUCAGCAGUCUAGAGUUCCCCCAGAGAAUAUUUGGAAACAUUCAUCUUUCCAGUUCUGCUUCCUGGAAUGGCUAGCCUGCUUCACCAAGCAAAGAAAGAAAAAUGUUUUGAGAGGAAAAGAACCAAAUUCAUUGCCUGUGAUUUUCUGACCGAAUGGUUAUACAAUCAAAAUCCAAAGAGGAUAGGGGAGACAUUCACAGAAUUCUUCUCCAUUCCAUUUGUGGAAGAGUGGCUGAAACUGCACCCACGGCCGGUGAUCCCACUCUCCCUCCUGCUGACAGACUCGGCAGCAGCGCUCUGCAUUCAGUCCUUCUGGAGAGCCUAUCUGGUUCGCUGUGAUCCUGAGAUUCAAGAAUUGCGUCAGUGGCAGAAGAAACUGCGUGAGGACAAGCACAUCCGCCAGCGAGUCCAAAUUUUCUGGGCCAAGCAAGAGCAGAAAGUAAAGUGCAAAAUGGAGGAUGAAGAAGAGGCUGCAGCUAAGACUCCACAACCUUAACAGCUGUCGAUAUCUUUCCCCUCUUUGCUCCAAUUAUCCCACUCGAGGAAA